AAUAAUUUCCAAAUAGAAAAUGUCCUCCGCAAGUGUCCUGCUUGUAACGGUGCUGCUGAUGGGAUAUCUCUACUGGAGUUUAGCCCAACCGACCAAUAUAAUAGAGAUCCGCUGUAAUGUGAUGGUGCCCAAAAGCGAUCCAAGGGAAUGCACGCACGGAUCGUUUUACAACAUCUGCGGCAAACUGGACUGCUAUCAGGGCCCAGGUCAAGCGUGCGGUGAUAAUGAGGCUGGCCACAUCCGCUACGGACAGUGCGCUUCCGGACUGAUAUGCUGCAACGGUAUGUGCAAAGGAUGUAUCAACGGUAACUGCUUCCGGGAAUCGUGUCAUCCGACCCACGCCUUCCAGCUACGCUCCGAUCCUUACAUGCCGGAACGCCACAUGGACCCACUGUACCGACUGUUUGACUACUACAACAACGAGUAA